AUGCCCUGGAGAUCAAACGUAGGAGAGCCAGAUGGAAAUGGUGAAAACGCAGUCGAGGCCUCACCAGGAGAACAGACUUCGCCAGGUGGGUUUUCGGAGGCACAGGGCCCCAACACUGGUUUGCAUGGAUGGGAUGACAGUCUGGUAGAGUCAGAACAAAUGGGUUUCUUGGAAUCUGGACAGUAUACAUCCCCUCUUUUUGGGACAGGUGAUAAUUUGGAGCCUGGAUCGGAAGUGCCAUCUGCAACUCACUAUGACGGUGAAACUGCAGCAACCUGGAGGUUGCCCAAAAAGAGGGUCCUUGACAAUGCGUUGGUACAGCAACAUGCGGGUGUCGACAGCCAUUUGUUUUUCAAUAUGGUGAAACUGCAGAAGCCUCAGGAGGCUCUGAAACAACCUUGGGAGAAAGGGGUCAUGGCCCAGAUUUGCGGUGCUUCACAGACAAGACUGCCUAUGCCCUGGCUUACCUUACCAAGUGUGGGUCGUAGAGACAGUUUGAUGGGCGCCACUCCCUUGGAAGAGCCACCUGAGAAGAAAGCCAUGCGAACACCUUUUCAUUACAGACUCUUGUUGACAACUCGACUUGCUCAAACAGAUGACCAGCUCAGAGCUAAAGCAAUGCGACGCUUGCGGGACUUGGUUUUGGUGGCUCCCGAUCAGUCUAGGUUGGGGAGAGCUUUGCUGGACGUUUCUGGACAGCUUACUGGAGAAGAUCGCAUUUCCAGUGUCUUUGCAGAUGCUUUCAGAAGCCGUGCAACAUCAACACUGGUGAAGCGGUCAAUGGAUUACUACAAGAUGGCAGUCUGGAUGGACCAACAGCUGGACCUCAGGCCAAUGCAGGUGUCUGAGAACGUGGUUUAUCAGUAUCUCUCAUUUUUGAGAGAAUCAGGGUCAGCCCCGACCUUAGCAGAUGCAACGGUGAAAGCAGUAUGGUUCAUGCAUUCAACGGCAGGUUUCAUUGAUUUCCAUGCUGACAUGUUUUCAUCAAGAAUUACAGAAGUCUGCAGAGAUAUGUUCAUGCGGAAAAGGAUCUUGAAGCAGGCCCCAGCUUUUCCUGCACGAGUGGUCCGAGCCUUGGAGGAGUAUGCACUUCUGACCAAAAAUGUCGUGGAUGCCAGAUUUGUCAACUUCAUCCUCUUUUGCAUUUUCUCUAGUUGCCGUGUUGGAGAUGCUUCGAAGAUUACAGAGGUGACUUUUUCGCAAUUCCAAGAGGUGUAUCUUGUGGAGGCUGCGACAACGGAAGCUAAGAACACUGCAACCAUGGAACGUAGAAGAAUGUUGCUGCCUUUCACUGCCGUGGGUUGGGGUGUGUACCCAAACCCAUGGAGCAUCAAAUGGAAGAUGCAACUUGAGGCAGAGAAACAUGUCACGAUCAUGCCAGCGCGUUUGACGACUGCAGAGGCGAACAUGUGGCUCAAAGAGAUCCUCAUGCGUGUUGGCCUUACGUUGUCAGAGGCUUGCAGGAUCUUCAAGGACAAUGCAGACUUGUUCGAGGGUCCAGAAGAGGUGACAGAGCCGCCGUGCGACUGGGCUGCCUCAGAGUCAGACGUGUCUGGAGAUGAAAGUUUGCAAGAGGAGUCACAUUUCAUGAGGGACCAUCAAACACAUGCCAGUGAAGUUUGUGGUGACAGACUCCUUCACAAAGAGUCCAUGGUCGUUCAUGUGGCAAGAGAUCAGCAGACGUUGUGGUGUGGCCGCAAGAAGUCAGCCAAUUACCGAGAGUGGCAGAUCGGCGACCCUGACUGGGAGCAGUUGCUGGUGUGCCAACAGUGCGACAAGUCCAAACCUUAG